AUUUUUUUUUUCCAUAACUGAGAAGCCCUAAAUCUCUGGAAUUUGGUCGUCAGAUUUGAAGGGUACUUGAAGUACCAUGAAAACUAGUAGAAAGCGAAGGAGUUCAAAGGAAGUCGAAGCCCCCACGGUGCUUAAUGUGGGUGGAGUCGUUAAUGAAGCCAAGAAAUCUGUGAAGGGAACCUCCCGAGAGUCUCCCAAAGCAAGGAGUGGGGUAUCUCAAUCUCCAGGUCUGGUUGAAAAGUGCGAGCACCCUUCCCCUUCUGGGUCAGAUGGGGCAUUGUAUUCAGUAUUUCAAGACAAAAGUACAUGUUUCUUGGAAGCAGGUUCAGACAUCCCUGCGCAGCACCUUCAUGCUGGACAAACAUUUUAUCCUUCUACGAAAAUGAAGUUGCAGCUCUUUCCAAUAGAUGAAGGUACCCGCCUAGGAUUAGAAAAGGAUGGAUUUCAUCCAUACUUGGAGCUUACUUUAAGUGCUAGAAAGAAGGUAUCUUCCAUACUUAAGCACCUCAGUAGCAAGUGGGGCAAUUCAAGCAUUGCUGUUGGAGAACCCAUGCUUUUCCCAUACAAUGUAGCAGAAAAUUUAUCUACUUACCGAUGGUCCGUGAAUGACGUUUCCAUAAGUGCUAGAGAUGUCUAUACAACAACUGGAAGGCCAGCUGUUUUUCGCUUAAGGUAUGGGUGGGUCUCAGAUUCUGAAACGAAAUCCACUAGACUGCCCUUAAUAUCAGCUUCCUUCGAGGCAUGUUUAAAUUGUGAAAGCGUACAAAGAGAUUGCAAUAAUAGCAUGGAGAUUGCGUAUGGAAAAGGAGAAAAAACUGAGAUGACAAAUGAAGAGAUAGCUAAACCAGCCAUUACAAGCACAACACAUGCAGUUAUGGAUCAGAAUAUGUUUUCAGAUUUAUUAGUUGAUUCUACGGAUAAUGAAGCAAGGAUGGCCAGUGGCAUUGGGCAACCGUCAACUCUAUGGGAUGACAGUCUAACUAACAUAAGCAUAGGAGGACUGUUGUCAGAAGCAUCUUUGCAGGGCAAGUUCAAAACUGUUGAUCCAAAAUCGAAUGGUAGCAAUGCUGGAAUGCAGCCAUCUCAAUUAAUCUCUGAUUCAUUUGAUGCUUUUCUUGCUGGCCAAAUAAAUCAAUCUGAAGCUCCAAGGCUACCCACCCAAGAUGCAUGCUCUUCAAUUUUCAAUGCUGAGGAUACAUGUCAUGCAUUUCUAUUUCAGAAAUACUCGUCCUCAGCAAAGGAUGCUAUACCUUUGGGUGGAAGUGCUUGUCCUCGAACCCACAGUCAGGAUGCCAGUUCUAAAUCAUUCACAUUUCCCAAUCUGACUGAGGCUAAUUCCCCAUCUGAGCUUCCAGAAGGCCAGUCAUGUCAAGGAUCAGAGAAAGAUUUGCUGCUUUGUUCUCGGGUGUAUAACGAUGAAAGCAGCUUGGGAUUGUCAGGCAUCAAAUGGACCGAGUCUUUGGGACCCUUCGAUCUUGGGCUGUCAUCCUCUCGAAGGAUCAUUGCUGGAGAAAACACCAGCAUCAGUGGAGUUGUUAAUUAACAGAGGAUAUGAAUGUAUUGAUCAUAGGGACACCAAAUCAACAAGAAACUGAAGCUGUGAUGACUGCAUAAACUCUCUUCACAUCAGUUUUAUAAACUUUCUGAUUAUGUUUCUUUUUGCUUAUAUUGUCCGCUAGGCUGAAGUUACAAUAUGGAAACCAACCUAAACAAUAGGUUAUAAAUAGCGGAAGGAUAA